AACUUUUGCAAAAGAAAAGCAAGGCGGGGAUUCGCUUGCGCUGCUGCGCCCUAUGGCGCAAUGGCCGCGGCGGCGCUCUGGGGGACCGACCCUGUUCGCCUGCCCCCCCUUUUUAAAGGGAAGCGAAAGGAAGGAAGGGGGCCCCUCCCUUCUCGAGAAGGCAGCAGGUGGAGUUUGCCAGCAUCAUAUGACGCGACGAAAAGUUGCGCUUCCUGAAAGUGUCCCCCCCCCCGCGGCUGCGCUCUUUUUCCUCGAACCCCCGGGCAAGUGGCUAGUCCUCAGUAGCUUUGGGGCACGCCGAGGGAGGGAGGGAGCCCGGCGGCCAGCCCUUCCCAUGGGGGGCGCCUUUCUCCCCCUGGGGGCCCUCUGGGCUUUGCUCACGGUGCCCGGGCUACUCCUCGCCGCCCGGACGGCCAGGAGCAACAUCAUCCUCUUUUUGGCCGAUGACCAGGACCUAGAGAUCGGGGGAAUGACCCCUAUGAAGAAGACACAGUCACUGAUCGGUGAGUUAGGUGCCACGUUUGCCAACGCGUUUGCAGUCACUCCGCUCUGCUGCCCGAGCCGGAGCAGCCUCCUCACCGGCUGUUACCCUCACAACCACCUGGUGCGCAACAACUCCUUGGAGGGCAACUGCAGCAGUCCCGUCUGGCAGAAGUUUCAGGAGCCCUUCACCUUCCCGGUGUAUCUGCAGAAGAAAGGCUACCAGACCUUCUAUGCCGGCAAAUACCUCAACCAGUACGGGGAUGCCAAAGCAGGGGGCGUUCUGCAUGUCCCUCCCGGGUGGAACUACUGGAUGGGCCUGGUGGGGAAUUCAAAAUAUUAUAACUACAGCCUUUCAGUCAACGGCCACGAGGAGAAACACGGGGACCUGUAUGAAGAGGACUAUCUCACAGACCUCAUUACCAACCGGAGCCUCAUGUUCCUGCAGAAGCUCUCGCGCGCCCCAUUUCUCAUGGUUUUAGCACCGCCUGCGGCUCACUCUCCAUGGAUCGCGUCUCCUCUCUACCAGUCGGCCUACAGCACCGUCAAAGCGCCGCGCAACGGGAGUUUCAACGUCCAUGGGAAAGACAAGCACUGGUUGAUACGGCAAGCCAAGAAUCCCAUGUCCAACACAUCCAUUGAGUUCCUGGACAACGUUUACAGGCAACGGUGGCGAACUCUUUUGUCUGUGGAUGACAUGGUGGAGAGAGUCUUGCGCCAGCUGAAGUCCCUCGACCUGCUGGGCAGCACAUACGUGUUCUACACGUCAGAUCAUGGUUACCACACAGGUCAAUUCUCGCUGCCCAUUGACAAGAGGCAGCUUUACGAAUUUGACAUCCGGGUGCCCCUUCUUGUGCGAGGCCCAGGCAUCAAACCGAACCAGACUUACUUGGAACCCAUUCUCAACAUUGAUCUGGGACCAACUUUCCUGGACAUUGCAGGAAUCAAUGUCUCACUUACCCCCAUGGAUGGGCAGUCCUUCUUGCCCCUGUUGGAGAACAGGACUCGUGUGAAUGGGUGGCGAUCAGAUUUCCUGGUGCAAUAUACUGGGGAAGGCUGCAGUGGUAAAGACCCCCACUGUCCAUCAUUGGGACCUGGUGUGUCGCAAUGCUUUCCAGACUGUGUGUGUGAAGAUGCCUUUAACAAUACAUAUGCUUGUGUGCGCACCCUGAGCCCCAUCAACUUGCAGUAUUGUGAAUUUGCUGAUGCCCAGGAUUUUGUGGAAGUGUAUAAUCUGACUUCCGACCCGCACCAGCUCAUCAAUGUGGCCAAGACGGUGGAUCCUUCGUUGUUGGAGCAGAUGAACCAGAGGUUGAUCAAGUUCCAAGCCUGUGCGGGGCCCAGCUGCCGCUCGUAAAGACCCCGGGAUCUCUUCCAAUUGGGCUGGAGCACAGAAGACCAGGAGGUUCCGUUGGAUCUUUUCCCAUCACCACGUGGAUUCCUCCAGCUUUAAUCCAGCGCUGGUCUUCAGUUCUACGCCCCGUGGCUUUUAAAGCUAUGCUCAGCAGCUAGCUUUGAAGGACGCUUCCUGUGUCAAAAAGAGUGGGACAUUCUGCUCCCUGUCCCUAUCAGACUGACCGGAUUUCAAAUUCCUCCAGUUUUGCUCUCGUCCAUGCCUCUCGUUUGCCAUUGGACGUGUCAGUUAGCAAGGUGGGACAGAUCUACCUGAUGUCCUCCAUUCACUUUAAUGGCUGGGUGGAAUGCAUUCAGUCACUAACUGGAGCAGGAUUAUUACUCUUUCCAACACCGUCAUGUCCUCCUCUCGUAGCCAGUACAGAAUUGAUUUAUCUUUUACCACUAUCCUCAGCACUUCCUUUUGGUUCAUGAUGGACUCUGGAGACUCAGCACAUCCAUUCUAUUCUUGUUCUGUCUUGAACUUCUGUGCGCUUAAGAAGUCUUCAACUAGGUCCUCUCCCUCUAUUCCACAGUGGCUCUGGCAGCUGCUGGGAUGUCUGCCCUGUGCCCCUCCACUUUAAUGCUGUGAAAAUAAAUGGAAUAAAGGACUGGUUUAUUAGGAAAGGUGA